AUGACCCUCUUUCUCACCACCAUCAUCCUUGCGUACGGCAUAUACUGCUGCAGUGGAGAAACAGUCAUAGAGUCAACACAACAAUCUGAUUCAGUGGUUUGGAUCAUUCAGCUUUCCGAUCUUCAUUUCAGCGUUCAUCAUCCAAACAGAGCCCAAGACUUCACAAAACUUAUCAAACACCAAUUGGUUCAACCUCCUCUACUCUAUGUCAGUCCGAUUCAAUCCUCCAACAACAGUGUUACUCCCUCUGUUCUUUCUCUGGCUUUAACAUUUUCGUUGCAGGUUUUGAUACUAGAUGAGGCUGACCGUAUUCUUGACAGUGGAUUCAAGAGGACACUAAAUGAAAUCAUCUCACAGUUACCAAAACGUAGGCAGACUAUGCUUUUCUCAUCAACUCAAAUGAAGUCAGUUCAAGAUCUUGCAAGAUUAAGUUUGAAGGACCCAGAGUAUCUGAGUGUACACAGAGAGUCUGUGGCUGCCACCCCUUCUCUCUUGAAGCAAAUUGUGAUGAUUGUUCCUCUGGAUCAAAAGUUAGAUAUGCUGUGGACUUUCAUAAAGACUCAUCUACAGUUCAAAACAAUUGUCUUUCUAUCAAGUUGUAAACAGAUUCUAAACCUCGAGCCGCUAUUCACCGUCGCAUCGCUGUCGUAA